AUGGCUUCUGCAAAAAUCUCAUUGUUCAAGUGCAGUAAGUACGUUAAGAUAGCACUUUUGGAACAAAGAAGAUGCGGUCUAAAUUCAAAGGCUUCCGUGAAAAUCGCAUUGUUCAAGUAUAGUAAGUGCUUUAAGAUGCCACUUUUGGAAUGGAGAAUACGAUGUCUAAAGUCAACAGUUUUUUCCGCACAAGGUCCUCAGACAAGUAAUCAUGGAAAAGAAAGGCAUGGCAAAACCAUUGAUGAGGAAGGCAGCAGAAUGAGCUGCAAUUACUGCGGUGAGGUGGUUUGUAGUUACAGCCGUCUAGAGGAACAUUUAGCAGGCAUCAGGGGCAAUGUUCGUCCAUGCAACCAAGUACCGGACAGUGUCAGGACAAGCUUAAGGGGUUCACUUGUGGAUCGCAAGAAAGAUCAGAUGCUCGGAAAAAUGAAGAGACUGAAGCAAGAAUAUGAUGAGGUUCCUCACACAAGCCCAGCCCUUCCAUCUCCUCAAGUCCAGCAACCACAGCUACAACCAACUGUGUCCAAUAACAACCGCUGCUUUGUUCAUUAUCAACCGGAUCUGACGCAGGCCAAGGAAAUCACAUAUAGUUCUUGUCAACCGAAACCCAAGGUUGAGACAAGUGAUUCCGAUUCUCAGUCGGCAAAGUCAAUAGGCAAGUUCUUCUCCGAAGCUGCACCUGAGCCUGGUGUUCUCCAUUCAUCAUCUUUGAGGGAGAUGGUUGUGUUUUCCCAUGGGCCUUGGGCUGUAAUGCCUACGUACGAAGCUGUUCUGCAGGAGCAACUAAGAGAAACUGAGAACCGCGCAAAGGAACUCAAGCAAGAGUGGCAAACAAGUGGCUGCACUGUAAUUGUGCAUAGUUGGAAGAGCAAGUGUACCAAAAGCUUCGUAAGUGUCCUGGUGCACUGCAGCAAAGGUACGCUGUUCCUUAGAUCCAUUGACACCUCUGAAAUCACUGAGGACUUUGAUGAGCUAGAAUCAAUGCUUUCUCGCGUGGUUGAAGAUGUUGGUGCCCAUAACAUUGUUCAGAUUGUCAUGAAUGAUGUGUCACCCCAUAUGCAGAUGGCACGGCAGUAUGUGCUAAAUAAAUAUGAUAGUUUCUUCUUCACACUAUGUGCUGACCAUUGCAUCAACCUUCUGCUUGAGAAAAUAGCAGCGCUCGAGCAUGUCAGUGAAGUCCUAAUGAAGGCAAGGGAAAUUACAAGGUUUUUAUAUGACCAUGCACUGCCAAUGAAACUGAAAGGAAGGUAUGUUCAGGAGGAGAUUUUGAGCAGUUCUUAUUUAAAAUUUGUGGCAAUGUUCAUCAUAUUAGAGAGGUUAGUUUCUGCAAGAGGAGAUCUGGUGCAGAUGUUAAACUCGCCUGUAUGGGUUUCCUCUGGUUGGGCUUGUCUUGACUUGUUCAAGCGUAUCCAGAGCAUAGUAAAGACAGAUGAUGAAUUUUGGAAUGCUGCUGCAGAAGUCGUCAAGGUUACAGACCCACUUGUCAGUGUGUUGUAUAAACUGGAAUAUGAUAUCUGUCCGAUGGGUAUCUUGUAUGAAGCCAUGGAUAGAGCAAAAGAAGAGAUAUCUCUCAAUAUCGGAGAUGAAGGUGACUUUUAUUGGUGUAUGAUUGAUAGGAUAUGGGAUGAUUACUUGCAUAGUCCUCUCCAUGCUGCCGGUCAGAUGCUAAACCCAAAGAUCUUUUACACAGCUGGAUUCCAGCCUGAUACUGAGAUCAGCAGCGGCAUCGCGGCCUGUACAACCAAACUGGGCAAGGCUCAUUACAAUGCCAUUAAAGCAUCUGCACAAUUGGAAGUGUAUGAGAAGAAGUUGGGCUAUUUCGACACAGAUCCAGCAAUGCAGCAAAUCAUGGAAUUACCACAAGGUAAGCUACACCCUAACCUCUUGCAAAAUGCCUACUCCCUAAUCAUAUGUACUUGUAUUGAAUCUUUAGAGCGAGCUGGAAUAGUGUCACGAGGCCCUCCAGGUAAUCUGAUAUGCGCAUUUGUGCACUGUAACAUACAGUGCGCCAAACAUAUUUAG